AUGUCAGGCUCAGCUUCUUCCGUCUCUCAACCCACCGCAUCCGCGUUGUCUCAUUCCACACCCUCAUCUUGCUCCUUCCCCUCUUCAGCCUCGCUGUCAUGCUCCUCAAAGCCAUCCUCAACCUCCUCUUCAUCAUCAUCUGUACACUCGUCCAGUCACACACCCGAUCAAAAGGUCUUAGGUUCGCCCCACCAAAAGGCCGAUACUGAGACAAAAGCUGCACAUUUUGAUCACCAUCAGCAUCACGAUCACUGCCACCACCACAUUCAUCAUCAUCAUCAUCAUCAUCAUCAUCAACAGCAGCAGCAUCAUCGGGAUCAACAACAACCUUCGCGACGAGUUCAUUUGGAUACCUCCGGUCCACUCGGCAGAUCUGAGGUCAAGCCUCACUCUACUGGCCCGUCGACCUCGGCUCCAUUUCGCUCGAGCCUCCGACGACUUGGUACCUCAUCAGGCAGGUCAGGAGGGAAUAAUGCCUCUCUGAUUGUUGCAAAGACACCGGCCACCGGAUCUGCGGCCAACAUGGAACCUUCCGCCGACUGGUUGGUACGUGAAUCCUGCAAUGAUGUCAAGACCUGGUGGAGCCUGCAACUUAACCCACUCUCUGGUCUACAGCUUCCUCCAGCCCCACAAAAACCCAUCGACAGAAUCACUAUCGACAAUAAACGAGCCUCCAUUCAUCCUCCUCCAUUUGAGUCAUCACUGACCUCAAACCCCUCCGAGGCCCAAAGAUCUCUUGUAGGCAAUCCGAUAUCGCGAGACCCAGCUGCGUCCAGAUUCUCACCAGCUUGUAUGUCGCCCACCGGCAAUUUGAGGCCGAUCCGUCAGUCCCACCGUACAGCCGUGUUUCGGACGGCCUCUUCGCAUGCCAACUGGCCUACCAAAUGGUCGAGUCCGCAGGAGUUGGCCGCCCAAAGCAGCCACACACAGACGGGAGGGGUACUGACACGACCAUCUCCGACUCAGCACCAAGCCAUUCUGUCGCAUGAAAGAGUAAAAGAGGCUGGCCAGAAGAAGCAGUCACCAAGUCCUCGAUACAGAGGCAACAUUGGGCCGGCUCACACUGAACUCCACCAAAACCAAGUACACCAACAACAAGUGCCGCUAUUGCCUCUGUCCGAGGAAAAGGUUAUUGAAGGACCAGGCUCCCUCAGGAAAAAAGUACAAUCUUAUCAGUUGAUAAUGGAAAAUAGCGCGGAUUCAAAACCUAUGCCCUCGUCUCCCUCGUCGCAGACUUCCAUCGCCCACUUGGAAGCUGAAGAACCGACUCCAGCCCACGCGACGGAUGCACAGAUCAGAAGACCAGUUCGAGGCCAGGAGAAAAUGAGAAGCAGCCUGGAAAGUUCAAGUAUUAAAAAUUUUAGCGCGUUCGCCUGA